CCUCUCCUUCAGGCUACAUUUCCCAUAAGCCCAUUGGUUUACGUAGCGGAAAGUACCGUACGCGUGACGUCACGGCUGUUCUUGUUUUGGCAAUUUGUUUCCAUAUUCCCGUAUUGUCAGCCCACCAAGAAACAGUUUUUUGUGAUUAUUCAACCUGAAGCCGCGAUGGACUUGACUGAGCAGUGACUGUGGGAGCUGGCAAAUGAACUAUCAUAAUGGCAGAUGGAGGAAGUGAUGACGAUGUCAUUCACCUGGCAAGUUUCAACAUCCACCGCAGCCAAGGCUCUCAUUCCCGUCAGAGGGAACUCAUCACUAUUUCUGAUGACUCGGAUGAGGAGCCUGUAGCUCUAGUACCUGGCAGUCCAGUUUUAGUCCCAGAUGAUGCGGAUGAUGAUGACAUCAGAAUAAUGGAGCAGUUGACUCCUGCUCGAAGACAUGUGAUUCGACCAGCAGCGAAAUGGAGUGUGGCCUCUCCCAACCUAAUUCAAGUUGUAGGUCAUAGUAGCGCAAUGUCUGGGGUUCCCACAGAGGACCCUGGCUCUGUCCCCUCUACCUCCAGAGAUGCCAAGGCCAACUCCUCCACAGUAAGGCCAGCCUUACAAACACAGAUAGCAGUGCACACCAGCACUUCUGGACACACACAGCCACAACCUGGCCCUUCAUCAUGUGGGCGGUCUCAGCUGAAACCUAACACACACUCACAGCAACAGAACAGCACGUCAGCACAGGCAAAUGUGCAGCUCCACCCAGUUUCUUCUACCCAAACCUUGUCUACCUCCAAGGGUGUCAGUGCCGUUUCAUUCAGAGCACCUAUACCACAGCCACACACUGGCACAGCACACUUACCCAUGGAGUCCCCGGCAAGUAUCUCUGCCAGCACCACACGCUCCGCUUGUGCGGUUGCAGUGAUUGCAUCAAGUGCUGCUACAAAGACUCAAGAAAAGGCUAGUACAAGUACUCUUACACAAGGCAGUCCUCAGGCCAGUACUUCAUCUGCACAGUCCCACACUGGGACAGAGUCUCAGCCUGGCACAUCCACACAGCUCCAGGCCAGUGGGACUCCAGCCCUUCAGUCCCAGCACAACCAUGUGAAGGAGGUGAAGCUAGUUGUUCUUCCCCAGCAGCCAAGCAUCAAAGCUUCUGCUCUGAUCACUCAGAAACAGCACCAGCCUCAGCUCUGGACCCAGAAGCUGUUGCAACCUGUGUCAGUCAAUCGGAUGCAGGGCAAUCUCAUUCAGAUUGAGCCACAGGCCUUGGCCCAUGUCCCUGCCCAUCCUCCAGUCCAGCCCCCUCAACACCUCCAGGUGAUGCCGGUGAUCCCCAAUGCAGUGCUGAUAGCUGCAGCCCCAGAGAGGCUGGGACCUCCAGAGGCAGGGCACCGGAUCAUCCUGGGGAGCCAGGCUCCUGGGUCCCCACCACAGGCUGGUGCCUCCAGUGUGGCUCCACUAGCCUGGAACCUGAAUAUCAGGGAUCCUAAUGUGAACGCUAACCCUCCUCCUCCAGUUCCUCCAGCUCCCUUAGUUUCAGUCCCCAACAAUGGAGGAGAAGCUCGUCUCAUCCUGGCCGCAGCUCCAAACUCUGAAAGGGUCAAUCCAGCCCCUGGUCUUGUCAUGGUCCCUCCUGCGCCAGGGGAUGUUCCCCGAAUCGAGGAUGCCAGGCCUGGUCCAUCUGCACCACGAGAGGGACCAGAGCAGCAGCCCCACAUCAGAGCCCUUGUCACUGGUGUUUUGGAUCUGUUCCCUGAUGUGCAAGAAGCCUAUGUAGCAGAACUGAUCCAGACGAAUAAUGUCAAAGACUUGAAUGUUAUCUGUAACCUGCUGUUGGAGAACCCAGAGUAUCCUCGGAGGGAAUCUGCAGCAGCCACUGCAGCUCCCACCAGCAUCCUACUGGAGUCUGUAGACACCCAGGCAGAGGUGACCGAGGAUCUGUUUGACUACUCCAAGCUGGGCACAGUGGGACCCGAGGCUGUGAUGCAGGCUGCCGACUUGCUCAUGGCAGAUUUCAGGAUGCUCAGCUGUCAGGACAUCAAAUGGGCCCUCAAUGCUCUGAAGGGACACUAUGCAAUCACACGCAAGGCCUUAAGUGAAGCUCUAAAGAAGUGGCAAGAUUCAGGCGACCCCUCAGGAAAGAGACGACGGAGCAGGGCCUCCUCUGAGCGCUGCUACGUCGAUUUCCAUUUUGAGCACGGUUCAGUGAAGUUUGACAAGAGAAUGUUUUUCUUGGAAAAUGACCGUCGCUACUGCAGGGUGUACAGCAACCUGGAAGCUUCUGUGCGGAAGGAGCUGACCUUCUAUCAGCAGAAAGCCAAGGAAUGGGCAGAGCAUGAGGACUUCCUCUUGGCUCUGCAGGUCAAUGAAGAUGAAUAUAAGAAGGACGGCCAGCUGAUCGAGUGCGGCUGUUGCUUUGGAGAGUUUGCGUUUGAGAAGAUGACGCAGUGUUCAGACGGUCACCUGUUCUGUAAAGAGUGCCUGGUCAAAUACGCUCAGGAGGCAGUGUUUGGCUCCGGGAAGUCGGAGCUCAGCUGCAUGGAGGGGGGCUGCCCCUGCUCCUACCCAGUGUGUGAGCUGGAGAAGGUGCUACCGGAGAACAUACUGUGUAAAUAUUAUGAAAGGCAGGCGGAGGAGGCGGUCGCUGCCACUUGUGCUGAUGAACUAGUACGGUGUCCGUUUUGCAACUUCCCAGCCUUGUUGGACAAAGAUAUGUCUCUGUUUAGCUGUCCCAACCCGCGGUGCCGCAAGGAGAGUUGUAGGAAGUGCCAUGUCCCGUGGAAGCAGCAUGUUGGGAAGACGUGUGAGCAGGUGCUGGAGCGGGACGAGAUCCGCAUGAGGGUGCUCUUCGAGGAGCGGAUGACGGCGGCUAGGGUGAGAAAGUGUGUCAAGUGCGGGACGGGUCUGGUCAAGUCGGAGGGCUGCAACCGGAUGUCGUGUCGCUGUGGCAGCUUCAUGUGCUACCUCUGCAGAGAGCCCAUCAGCGGCUACAACCACUUCUGUCAGCACGCCCGCUCUCCUGGCGCUCCCUGCCGCCACUGCCGCAAGUGCUCCCUCUGGACCGAUCCCACGCAAGAUGACGAGCGAAUCAUCCAGGAGAUCCAGAAGGAAGGCGAAGCGGAGCUGAACAAGAAGUCUGCAGAUAAUUCAGGGAAGCGGGUCGGCCCUCCUCCAGAGCCCAUCGCCAACUCCAAGAAGCCGCGUGUGGGUCCCCCAGAGAAUCCACCCAACGCCAACCCCCCAGCACCUCCUCAACAACAGGCGGUACAGGGUGCCCCGUUUGGCCGCUACCCUCCAGCUCCACCCCAGGGCAGGAUGUACCAGCAGGUGAUCAUGGCCCGGCUGCUGCCCCCUGCACCCUAUGUGCCCCCCCUGCAGCACCUGCCACCCCUUAACCACAACAACAACCACCACAACCCUCCUGUUAACCAUCAUCAUCACAACAUGGAUGUGAUGGACCUGCCCAUGCACUAUGGACCCCCACACCGCUACUACAGACGCUUCUAACGCACACUCUGCCACGAGUGUGUGUUAACUCUGGGGUCAUCAGGUGGUCCUGACACACACAUGCUCACUACAGUUAGACUUUUCAUUUCAGUGCUGAUUCGGCACCUGUUCCCGGUUUGCUUUUUUCCAUUUGUUCUCUCCGUUGUCAUGGCUCCUGUUUGCUCACACUGAUGUCAGAGCUGCUACUCAGCUUGUUCUUUUGCUUUCAGAUGAUAAGACACUGAAAUGAAAACGGCACCUGUAGAACAUUUUGCCUUGUCUCACUAAACCUGGAACUUCAGUAAUGAAGUGGACCCCCCCCCCACAGUACAUGUUCCUUUUCUAUCCUUGUCUGAUUAACCAUUUGCAUUGAACUAAUCAACGGCUGAGACUCUUGACAGAAUAUAUUUGCAGUUUAUACAGAUAUUUUUGCGUACAUAAAAAAAAAAAAUUAGCAUUCUCUUGUGUAUCUUUUGCUUAACAUGUGUGAGACAAUAGAGUUUUUUAAUAAAGUUUUCUGUUUGUGUUUC